CCUCGCCGCUUAAAUUUCCAAACUUCUCGCCUAGGCGACUCACGUUUUCCGCGAGCGAGGCGCGAGAUAGCGGUGUCCGAUAACGCCCGGUUGGAAGUCGCAUUAAUUUCCCCCCUCUCGACUCCCCUCCCUGCGCGCUGGAAAAGGUAGAGGGGAGGGAUGGUACGAUUCCAUCUCGAGGGGAGGUGGUAGGUAGGUAGGUAGGUAACGGCACGCAACGAACGCCCGCUUCCCCGUUUAGGUAAGGUAUUCACGUAACGCAUAAGCAACCGCCACGCGCAGCCCACCGUGUGCACGGAGAUAAGGGUGGCGAAGGUGGCAUCUUAGGUGGCACUUGGAAUAGAAUUAAAUUCCCCGGGCAACCGCGGAGCAAGCCGAUACCGUCUCUAGGAUGAUAUCAACAAGGGAGGGGGACCAACUUCUACCCCUCUUCAAUCCCCAUCCUGUAAACGGUGGAAAGUGAAUUGAUAUUUCAUUCGGGCUCGAUGAGAUCCGAUUUCGAGGUGGAUUUGUUAGUUCGAGAUCGAUGUUGGCCUAAAGAUCGAUGAUCGAAAGGGAGAGGAGGAAACUGUAUAUCCGUGAGCAAUCGGUGGUUGAAAGUUCGUUUGAACUUUCCGUAAAGUUGGAGGAAUCGUCACGUUCGCCACUUGGAUAAGAAUGUUUUGAUCUAUGAAGGGAAUCGGCGAUUAUUCCCAGCUACGAGGAAUAAAGAGGGAGAGAAUAAUCGUUGACUUUGUCAACGAUCGAGCAAGUUUUGGAGCAAAGGGGGGUCGAUUUCGAGGAUUAAGACGGUCGGGAAACGUUUGAUAGUGGCUCACUUGGUAUGCACGGCUCCCGCUUAUAAGUCAAGAAAUUGCUCAAGCGGCCGUAAAAUCUAAAUCUCUGGCACUCGUCGGCGGGAGCCGCUCGUGCCGUGCCACUUCUUCCCCUUUCGCGGGCGGCGCGCAUCGCGGCCGGCCAUUUCAAGAAUCCUCCGAACUCAUCACACGUUCAAUUUAUCAGAGACUUAACAGAGCACCACCACCCUGUUUCGCCGAGCUGCACAGAUUCCCUCCCCGUCGAUUAUUCUUUCUCUCGUCGUCGGAAGACGACGUUGAAGAAAUUGAAACCAUCUCUCCUUUUUUUCCUUUCCUUCUUAGAAUCCUCCUCCCUUCGGAUCUCUUUCAAAACAUUCUCCCCUUCGAAAACGUGUUAAUCGAUUAAUUUUAAUUCGUCUCGAUAUAAAUCUUAUGAUCGAAUUAACCCAUGUUCUCAUUGGAAUACGAGCUAGAAUUUCACCAAGAAUUUCAGAAGGGAUGAUCGAACGUAUCACGAUGGAAUAUUUCUUUGCCCGCGCGCGUGUGUGUGUGUAUGCGCGCGUGAGCGUGUGCGUGGACGCCGGGUUUUAAUGGAAAAUCGACUGUGUGUGGGAAGGCCGGUGGAAGAGAAUCACGAUGAUUCCGUGAAAUAUGGAAGCAGAAGCGAGCAGGUUUUCGGCGGAGCACGGUAAAGCUGCGUGAAACGGUGGGGUCGCGUUAAUGGGUGAUUGAUAAACGACCUUCUCUCAUCAACUGCAUCGGCUGCAUAUUUAUCACCGGACAGACUCAGCAGUCGUCGCGUUAUCUCCAGUCGAGCGGAAAUUAUCGCAAGAUAUUGCUCGAAAGAACUACUUUUUCUUCCGGGAGAAAAAAAAGAAAGAAAGAAAAAGAACGAACGAACGAAACGUGUUAAAAGUGUUCGUUGCGAUGCAGUUGGUCGAUCUAUCUUUAUAGAUAGAUGCGUCUAGACGAUGAGAAGGAAAAAAAAAAAAAAUUAAUUCCGGGCAAUCUUUCAGAAAUUUUCGCAUAAUAAUUCAUCGCAUCGAUGAUCCCGAUCCGUUCGAGCGGAAAUGUUUCUGCAAGGUGUCGCGAAGCAACGUAGUUGACACAGUCCGUUGGCAGGAUUCAGCGCUAACAGCUCACGCGUGUCAGCCACGUGCCGGUCGAGUUGCUACCCUCUGCCCCGUUUAACUUGGACGAAUUGGGCGUCGCGAAACUGCCUCCCCUUUCUACCCGAUUUACGAGGACAGAUGCCUGCGAAAUUAGACGAUUCUCACGAAUCGUUUUCAUUCCUCUUUUUCAUUUCCUUUAUUUCUAUUUUUUUUUCAGACAAUUGACAACACUCGAAGCGAUUUUGGUUUUUUUUCAGAAAAAGAAGAAGAAGAAGAGGAAGAGGAUCGAAGCUAGAUCGUUCUACUCGAAUAGAAGAUAGAGAUUUGAGCGUUAACGGCGAGGCAUAAAGUGGAAUUAGGGAUCGGUAUAUCGGCGACGGAGGCGAUGCAGGGACAGGAUGGCUGGAUCGGCAAUAAAUAUGGUUCAUAAGCCAGGAAUGGUCGACGAAAGAUACAGAAACGUUUCCUCGUCGACGCCCCGCCGCGAGUCGCGUGUCACGUAUAACGAGUCGACGAAAACGGCUCCCUGUCGACUUUACGACCACGAAUUAGGAUUAGAGCGGUUGGUCCGUUGCCCAUCAUCUGCUUCCAUGAUAAUCGAAUGAUUCGAUUUAUCUCGAUCACCGCCUCCUCUCCCUCCUCCUCGUCGUAAUCGCGAAAGGAAAGUAAUCGUUUGUUUAACAACUGGUCGGGAUUGCAAUCUCUGCUCCGAGAUAAAUAAUUUCGAAAAACGGGGGAAAAACUUGGAAAUACUCGGCUCGCGUUGGAGGAUCUCCGCCGGGGUCGGCCAGUCCAAUCGAAAAGUCAUUACAACUUUUUGCCGACUCAAUCAAGAAGUUAAUGUCCUUUAACCUCAAGGCGUUCCCAGCAGAGCUCCCGCAGAAUCUCGGGAUCGUGAGUAAGAAAUCGACGGCUCUCACAUGCCCGGCAAAAUAGAUCACCAGCUUUAUGAUUGAUCGCCUAUUGCCUUCACCCGCCCACCCCUUUUUUUUGCUUCCUUCUUCUUCUCCUUUUUUUUUUUUUUCAAUGAUAAAUCCGGAUCACUCCGGCAUAAAAUCCUCGUUUUGGUUUAAUUCGAUAAAUUACUAACGGUAAUUAGUUUUGUAUUCCCUUUAAAAUUUUUCGGAUAUGAUAAAAUUGGCGAUAAAAAUUUUGAAGAAUCGAGAGAGUGAUACAAGAAAUCCCGGUUAUCUCGAGAAGAACGCUUUCGAGUGAGAGCCGUAUGUCACCUGGAGGGAUCGUGGUAUUUAUCGAACUGGGUGAGAAAUGGGAGAGAGUUCGUCAGGAAGAUAAUCCGUAAAAUGAUGAUCUCUAGUGGAUCUGCUGCCACCUUCUGUCCAUCGCGGAUGAUUUAACGCGUCUCAUUUCUCCACGAGCUGUUCGCUACGAGAUGACCAUUCGUCAGACGAGAACACUUCUAACACUUCGUCAAAAAUGUGAAAAGAAUAAGAACAAGAAAAAAAGAAAAAAAGAAAGAAAAUCAAAAUCGAAACGAUCCGUUUUCACCAUCAAAUAUCGUUCUCCAAUAUCAGAAACGAAUCCAAGGCAAAAAAAAAAGAAAAGAGAGAAAAAAAAAAGAAAAAGAGGAAAAAGAAGAUAUCCCCGGAAUGAGGAGAAACGCGUUUUCUCGUGAAGCGUUUGGAGCUGAAUGAUCAUUGGAGGGAUAAUCGGGCACGGUGGAGGUCCAUCAGCGGAUUCGACGAGUCUGCCGAACGUCCAAUAUCCAGGAGGUCGACCAUAAAAAAGAAGCGCGGAGGCUGGCGCGGGCGUUAAAAAUAUUCAAGAUCGUUUGUCAGGCUGAAUUACAGCCCCGCCACCACCUUCCUCCUCCUCCCUCUCCCCCCGCCAGAAUCUCUCUCGGGCUAACGGGGUAACGGGAUCCUGCGGAACGCGUUGCGCAACGUGGAGGGAAGAGAGAGAGAGAGAGAGAGGAGGCAGGAGAGAGGAAAGAGUCGACGGACGAGGACGGCCACGACGACGACGACGACGACGAUCCCGGGCACAUGUGUCGAACCUGAAAUAUGUAGGCGUGGUCUGGAUGGGACUAGCAGACGCGUCCCGACGACCGAAUAUGUUCACCCCGUUCGUACGCUCCACCCCCGUCUAACCCUGCGAACGUUGCCAUUGGUCGGUGCCACCCUCGUUGCGCCUCCACCUGCCACGCCGGGCUACCCUCCGCGGGAUUCUAGCCCUAAAUACAGGGGAUGCGCGCCCGCUUCCUUCAUUUUAACGUGGUCCGCCGAUACACGCUGUACCCUCCGUACUCGUCCUCUUCUCUUCUCUUCUCUUCGUGUCUUUCGGAUCCCACUCGUCUCGCGAGUCUCCAGUUUUUCGGGUGAUCUCGACCCCCCAAGGGGUCUGUGCAAGGGGUCCGACGGUUCGUCAGAAUUCCAAUGGAAGGGGAGAGACGUGCAAGCUGAUGUCUUAGAGAAGGAGAAGGAUCGACAUCACCCCCCAGACACCAGCGGGGUGAAAAGCGUGGCUGUCUUCGCGCGCGCACGGUCGCAUCACGGGUGGAGGGAGGACUCUCUCCGUUGGACGCGUGGUCCGAUUUUAGCACGGGUAUGCAACACCUGGCGCGUUACACAGAGGUGGUAGAGAGAGAGGCGAUUCAUCAUCGCAUUCAUCAUUUCCGUGAAUCCCGUCGGUAAAUUGAGCAUCGGGCGUGAUUGUCGCAGGUCGAUCAUCCGGAACGAGCAGGAUGACAAUGGAAGAUCGCACCGGUGGCAUCGACCGUGCCGCCCCCGCGACGUCCACGACGGCCACGACGGCGUCCAGCCCCUCGUCCAUCACCGAUGCCAUCGCCUCCGACGCGUCGUACCCUCUUCAGCGCGCCAACAAGCGUUCCUUCGACGUGGCGUUCCUCGUAGCGCCCGACGAGAACCUGGCCCGCCGUCAAAGCGAGAAGAUGAGGAUGGCGUCGGCCAGAAAGGAUCAUCGCCCCCGCGACGAGACGAUCUCGUUGGAGACGAUCGUGGACACGGACAGAUUGCCCCAGAAUUUGACCGUGAAGAAUUACAACGACAACGACGCCUCCGACAGAAGAAGGAUGAUCCACUGCACCGAGAAUUCUCUCAGUCCGCCGUAUAUAUCACCGAGAACCUUGACCCCAACGUUGCCAACCCCUUUGUCGCCCGACACCGAUGUUCGAAGGUACGUUUCAGGCACGCGCCUCCAAAAGUCACCCAGCCCACCCGCGUUCCCCACCCAUCAAUCGAUGCUAACCACCUGCCCCGAGGUGGUGGAAUCGAAUCUCACUUGCAACAAGGUGUACGACACCGUUCUACCCUGCCCGGCAGACAGACACGGGGAAUCUCGCAGCGCGUUCACCAAGGUGAACCUGACGAUCCAGAGGAACGGGUUCGCCGACGAUGGCCAGACCUCGCCACGAUCCUCCAUAUCGCCCGACGAUCGUACCGGUUAUCAGAGCAGCGUCAGCCCCCCGGUCGUACCGUUGACCACCUCGGCCACCGGUUACAAGUACGCGCCGUUCCCCACGGCCAAAAUGCCGUACCCUUUCCUGGUCGGUCCCGAGAACGGUCAACCGGGCCUGUUGGAGAACCUCAAGAUACCGCAGAUCGCCCAACCGCCCAAAGUACCGAGUCCAAAGAUACCGAGCUUCCGCCCUGACCUGCCGCCGGUUUACCCGAACCUCCCCUACAAUCCGAUCUCCGUCUUCCCACCGAUGGCCGACGCGCUCGCCAGGCCGAGAUUUCUGGCGACGGCCGCGGGGGUGGCCGGCCUUCUACCCCCUUCGUUCGCCGCGUUAACCCUGCCCGCGCAAAACGUAUGCGCCAAGUGCAACCUUUCGUUCCGGAUGACGUCCGACCUCGUGUACCACAUGAGGUCCCACCACAAGAAUGAGAACACCGGCGAAGCGGCGAGAAGGAGGAGGGAGGAGAAGCUGAGGUGUCCCGUGUGCGACGAGAGCUUCAGGGAAAGGCAUCACCUGACCAGGCACAUGACCGCCCACCAGGAUAAAGAGAGCGACGCGAUCGUCGACCAGGUCGAGGUAAAGAGGCGUGCCACCACCGUUCACACCAAGUGACGACGGAAAUCGUCGUCGAGCGAGGACGCGAUACUGGCCAGUGGUUAUUCGUUCGAGAAUUAGAUGAGAUUAGGUUUCCAAAGAAUGGGAGAGAAAUUAAAGUUUUUUGAAGAAGGAAGAAUGGAUGAAGGAUAUAUUAUAAACGAGAUUUGGCCGAUCUGUUUUUCCAUUUUUAAUCUUGUCGUUGAUCUAUGAUCGAAGAUCGAAUGCUCUUCCAAUUUUUUAUCAUAAUGUCUCUUGUCAUAUAGUAGCUCGAUAAAGCAGGAUAACGAUAAUCUAUUCUACCGUCUAUAACUCGUUAACCACGAAUAUCCACGAGUAUUUUGCACUUGCCCCCUUCCUUUUAACCCGACUACUUAAUUAUGAAUUAAUCGAUUAUACGCAUUUUACAUACGGUAUACGUGUACGAUAAAAAGAAAAAAAAAA